CCAGCAGACAGGAUUGUCGAGGUCCCUGCUGUUGCACAUGGCACCCACAAUACUGCCCUAUGCUGCGGCAGUAUCUGACGAUGUUGUGCAAGCAACUGCUCCUCAGCCUGGCGGGGAAACUGAGGCUGGCCCAGGGUCACAGGGCCAGGCUGAGCAUGUCCCGCAGGCCCUAUAGAUUCAAUUCUGGGAUCUUCGAGUUAAGUCCCAGAUCGCCAUGUUGGUCCUGGAAUCUGUUUGGAGACCACUGACCUCCCUCCACCCAGGCAGGAGGGAGCUGGGGGUCUCUAUCUGGCCCCAGCCUCAGUCCCUAAUGUUACCCUACCAUAUCCUGUAUCUGCCUACAUGUGUUAAGGCUUUGGAACAGCUUGAGGGGAGGAACUGGCGGCUCAGCAAAGUGAGGUUAAAUUGUCCAAGAGCCUGAAGGUCAGUGGGAGACUAGCCCCGGUUGGAAUCGCCUCCCGACUGUGCCCCUGCAUGACCGCUGCUCCUCCCAGGAAAACUGCCAGUUCAACCCCAGGGCAUACAGAAGUGUUUCCUGGGAAUUGGCUGUGUGCUAGGCAUUGUCAAGGUACUUGGAGACCCAGAAAGUCAGUGGGCAAAGGUCAGAUAGAGGGUUUUCCAGGUGGAGGGCACAGCACAUUUUAAGGCCUGAGGCAGGGCCAAGCUGGUUGGGAUAGGUGAGAGGGAGGCCAGUGUUUCUGGAAGAGGGUGAUUCUGGGGAGACUGAGAAGGGUGAAUGGUGUGGAACUCGGACCCCAGAGGGCCUCCUGGCCACGGUGGGGAGUUUGGUUUUUACGCAAUGACACUGGGGAGCCACGGGCGGGUUUGAGGGUUCUAGCAGGGGAGGGAAAUAGGUUGACUUGGAUGUUUCUAGAAAGGCAAACCCAUGUGUCAGCUGCUCUGAGUUCAUGGCCUCCCGGGUCUCAGAGUGGAGUGGCAGCAGUGGUCCCGGCCCUCUGAUCAGCUGGCAUGACCAUGUCCCUCACGCCCCUGCAGGUCAGCGUGGGAGCCCAGCCGCUGAGCCAUGCCGGGCCCCAGGCAGCCUGCCGUGAGUCCAGCCCCGGCACCCACAUAGUCAUGAACAACCACAGCCACAAUGGCUGUGGGGGGCGGCCGCUGGGAGGCGGACUGGGGGCCCUGACCCGAGACCCUCCGGACGCCGAGGCCAGCUGCCCCCUGCAGCCCCCACAUAGUUCAGGCCUCCAAGUCGUGGUGGCCAAGAACGAGCUGGGCGGGCUCUCACCCGGCAGCCCCCGAGGGCAUCCCCAGGACCAGGAGGAGGAGGAAGACGAUGAGGAGGAUGAGGUGGUUGGGCAGAGGGGCUCCAAGAGGCCCCCCAGCGUGGGCCACCGCCUGGGCCACCGGCGGGUGCUCUUCGAGAAGCGGAAGCGCCUUAGUGACUACGCCCUCAUCUUUGGCAUGUUUGGCAUCGUUGUCAUGGUGACAGAGACGGAGCUGUCCUGGGGGGUCUACACGAAGGAGUCCCUGUACUCAUUUGCACUCAAAUGCCUCAUCAGCCUCUCCACAGUCAUCCUGCUGGGUCUGGUUAUCCUCUACCAUGCCCGGGAAAUCCAGCUGUUCAUGGUGGACAACGGGGCGGACGACUGGCGCAUCGCCAUGACGUGCGAGCGCGUCCUCCUCAUCUCCCUGGAGCUGGCCGUGUGUGCCAUCCACCCGGUGCCCGGCCACUACCGCUUCACCUGGACGGCGCGGCUGGCCUUCACGUACGCGCCCGCGGCGGCCGAGGCGGACGUGGACGUGCUGCUGUCGGUGCCCAUGUUCCUGCGCCUCUACCUGCUGGGCCGCGUCAUGCUGCUGCACAGCAAGAUCUUCACGGACGCCUCGUCCCGCAGCAUCGGGGCGCUCAACAAGAUCACCUUCAACACGCGCUUCGUCAUGAAGACGCUCAUGACCAUCUGCCCCGGCACCGUGCUGCUCGUCUUCAGCAUCUCCUCCUGGAUCAUCGCUGCCUGGACCGUGCGCGUCUGCGAGAGGUACCACGAUAAACAGGAAGUGACCAGCAACUUCCUGGGGGCCAUGUGGCUCAUCUCCAUCACCUUCCUCUCCAUUGGCUACGGAGACAUGGUGCCACACACGUACUGCGGGAAAGGCGUGUGCCUGCUCACCGGCAUCAUGGGGGCGGGCUGCACAGCGCUCGUGGUGGCGGUGGUGGCCCGGAAGCUGGAGCUCACCAAGGCAGAGAAACACGUGCACAACUUCAUGAUGGACACACAGCUCACCAAGCGGGUGAAAAAUGCCGCUGCUAACGUUCUCAGGGAGACGUGGCUCAUCUACAAACACACCAGGCUGGUGAAGAAGCCAGACUACGCCCGGGUUCGGAAACACCAGCGUAAGUUCCUCCAAGCCAUCCAUCAAGCUCAGAAGCUCCGGAGUGUGAAGAUUGAGCAGGGAAAGCUGAACGACCAGGCCAACACACUCGCAGAGCUGGCCAAGACGCAGAAUGCCAUGUACGACCUCAUGUCCGAGCUGCACGCCCAGCACGAGGACCUUGAGGCCCGCCUGGCUGCCCUCGAAAGCCGCCUGGAUGCGCUGGGCACCUCCCUGCAGGCCUUGCCUAGCCUCAUCACCCAAGCCAUACACCCACUUCCUCCACCCCUGCCUCCCCAGCCUGGCGCCCCAGACCAGGCAGCCCAGAGCUCCCCCUGCCGGUGGCCACCCGUGGCCCCUUCAGACUGCGGGUGAUGGCCAUGCCCACCACCGGACCCCACAAUCUUGGCCAUUGUGUGGCCGCCACCUCCACACCAUCCAGGAAGGCCGGUCUAGUUGUGCCUCUUGGAGUAUAAGGAGCCAGAGCUGAAUUGGGCUGAGUGGCCAGGGGCCCGUCCCACCCAGACUGUCUGGACAGGGGUGGCUGCUGCCUGCUUCUCCCUGAUUGGAGCUUAGGGAGCCCAGGGCUUCCUCUGGUUCCCUGGCCCCUAACUCUCCCCAGGCCCCCGGUGGGCUCAGAACAGCAGGGAGAGGGGUCCUUGCCAGUUCUUAAUAAAGCAGGACCCAUCCAGUGGCCGCCUGUUGUGUGUAGCUGGGGGACACUCGUAGUCACAAUAUGGGAGGUGGACACCUGGUCUGGGGUCCCAGAAUGGAUAUGGGAGUUAAGGUGAGCCAAUCUCCAUCAUAUCCUAGCCUGGUAGCCUCCUGAGCCCGAGCCUGAGGACAGCUGCACCAAUCCCCCCUGGCACUGGUAGAGGGGACUGCAGAGGAUGUGGCCCCGCCCCCACAGGAGGCAUUGGAGAGUCAGGCAUCCUUCCCUCUGACCAGCUGGCUUUGCUGGAGCACCCACUGUGGGCCAGGUGCCAAGGAAGCACAGUCCAAUAAGGGAGUUGACACGGGUGAGGAGGGCUAUUCGGUCUUCAUUGGACAUGUAUUGAGCACCUGCUGUAUUCAGGGAAUGUGAGAUAAAUGAUCACACUGACUCUUUACCAGAACCUGACCAGGGUGGGAUAGGGAAACCAAGCUGCCUGGAGCUACAAAGUGAGGAGUGGUGAGCCAGGGCUCACACUUGGGGACCCACUGGCCACCAUGAAGAACCCAGACUUGGGGGAG